CGUCACUAUAUAUAGCCUAUUACCCACAAUCCUCUCUUUCUCUUCGCCAUCUUAGCCGGCGCCAUGAAGGUCGAGCUGUGCAGCUUCAGCGGCUACAAGAUCUACCCGGGGCACGGGCGGCGCUACGCCAGGACUGACGGGAAGGUGUUCCAGUUCCUCAAUGCAAAAUGCGAGUCUGCGUUCCUUUCCAAGAGGAACCCCCGUCAGAUCAACUGGACCGUCCUGUACAGGAGGAAGCACAAGAAGGGGCAGUCGGAAGAAAUCCAGAAGAAACGUUCCCGUCGUGCUGUAAAGUUCCAGAGGGCUAUCACUGGUGCCUCUCUGGCUGAAAUUAUGGCCAAGAGAAACCAGAAGCCUGAAGUGCGAAAGGCUCAGCGGGAACAGGCAAUCAGGGCUGCGAAAGAGGCAAAAAAGGCUAAGCAGGCUACCAAAAAGGUUGUUCCUGCCAAGGCCCCAGGAAAGGCUUCACACAAGCAGAAGAUUGCCAAGCCUGUGAAGAUGCAGGCUCCCCGUGUUGGUGGAAAACGCUAAGCAUUGUUUUACACGUGACCUGCUAAUAAAUUAGUUUUGAAAAAUCUAA